AUGGCCGCCUCCUUCGCACGAGCCGCGAGCCGGCACUCGCACUCGGCCAAACGACUCUGCCUCAGACCCAGCUUUCAGCUUCAAUCAAGACAGGGACACACUCCUUUCGUGACCCGCGCCAUCUGUACCACGCCAUCUCGAAGGCAGGAAGGCCCUCCUAGCACGAGCCCCAAUCCGACGCCCAAUCCAGAAUACGCGAGCGGACCCUUAACAACGACUAUCAGCCCGACCGAUUCGACUUUCACCCAGCACGUAAACCAGGAGAGAACCGAAUAUGUCAACAAGGCCCCUGACCAAAACCUGGGCGAUGACUUUGAAACAAGAAAGAUUCGGCAUUACACCGUGAACUUUGGCCCACAACAUCCCGCCGCGCACGGCGUGCUGCGUCUCAUUCUCGAGCUCAAUGGGGAGGAAAUUCUCCGAGCGGAUCCUCAUGUCGGCUUGCUGCACCGUGGAACCGAGAAGUUGAUCGAGUACAAGACAUAUCUCCAGGCGCUUCCCUACUUUGACCGUUUCGACUAUGUCUCGAUGAUGACCAACGAGCAGGUCUUUUCGUUGGCCGUCGAGAAGCUGCUCAAUGUCGACAUUCCCGAGCGAGCCAAGUGGAUUCGAACCUUGUUUGGCGAAAUCACCAGAAUUCUCAACCACCUGAUGUCGAUUCUGUCACACGCCAUGGACGUUGGUGCUUUGACCCCGUUCCUGUGGGGCUUUGAAGAGCGAGAAAAGCUAAUGGAAUUUUACGAGCGCGUUUCUGGCGCAAGACUUCAUGCUGCAUACGUCCGUCCUGGUGGUGUCAGCCAAGACAUCCCCCUUGGGCUGCUGGACGACAUUUACGCUUGGGCCACUCAAUUCGGCGACCGCAUUGACGAAACCGAGGAACUUCUUACAGACAACAGAAUCUGGAUCGGUCGGACCAAAGGCGUCGGUGUUGUCUCUGCUGCCGAUGCCCUCAACUAUGGCUUCUCAGGUGUCAUGCUCAGAGGCUCUGGCGUGCCGUGGGAUAUUCGAAAGAGCCAACCGUAUGACGCCUACGACAAAGUUGAUUUCGACGUGCCCGUGGGCCAGAAUGGCGACUGCUACGAUCGAUAUCUUUGCAGAAUGGAAGAGUUCCGACAGUCAUUGCGAAUCAUCCACCAGUGCUUGAACAAGAUGCCGCCUGGCCCAGUCAAGGUCGAAGACUACAAGAUUGCACCGCCGCCUCGAGCCGCCAUGAAAGAGAACAUGGAAGCUCUGAUCCAUCAUUUCUUGCUCUACACCAAGGGUUACACGGUCCCUCCGGGCGACACCUACACUGCGAUUGAAGCGCCGAAGGGCGAGAUGGGCGUCUACGUUGUCAGUGAUGGGAGUGAACGGCCGUACCGGUGUCACGUCCGUGCUCCAGGGUUUGCCCAUUUGAGCUGUUUCGACCAGAUCAGCCGUGGCCAUCUUCUGGCAGAUGCCGUUGCCAUCAUCGGCACCAUGGACCUAGUUUUCGGCGAAAUCGACAGAUAA